AACUGACAGCAGAAAAGAUUCUUAUAGACGAUCUAGAAAAGUUGAUUUAUUUUCGUGAUUCGAUUAAAAAAGUGAAAUUGAGAUGUGUUAAUUUAUGAGUUUAUGGCUUACAGAAACUUAUAACAAAAACUGCAGUUUCUCAAACUAUGCAAUGUAAAACCAUUAGUCUUAAUUAAGACAUAUUAUGUCGAAAUUAACAUAAACAAUCUGGGGAAGACUGUUGGCUUGACAGUUCCUCUUUAGCAGCAGUAGUUUGAGUCGCUGUUGCUAAAGAAGCUGGUUGUUCACAGAGUUCUGUAUCCAAUAAUGGAAAAUUGAGAGGAAGGAAAAAGCGGAGCUUUGAGUUUUCUUAAGCAACAAAGUCUAUUUUAAGUGGUGCAUUUUAAGUACAUCAUUCUUUUUAAUGAAUAGAGAGUAAGUUUAAAUUGUGUUAAAGUGAUCAUAACUGAUUCUAGUUUAUUUAAACACGUGUAUGGGCCAGCAGAUAUAAGCUCCACCAAUCAAAAUUUUAUUCACUUUUGUUUACUUUAAAGUAACUAAUAUUGUAGCAAUAGUUAACCUAAACAGAAGCAAAUAUGUAGCUAGCAGGAAGUCCUUAAACAUGAACUUUGGAGGGAAGAAAAAACAGCAGGUUGAGGAGAAAACAAAGAGGAAGUGAAAGGGAAAACCUGGGAAUAAAAACAGCCAGAGUAAAUUAGCAAUGUGACACAGCUGUGUUGAUUAGGUAAGAGGAAAAGCUUUCAAUAAACAAACCAAGAUAACAGAGACAAGAAGAUAUCAAAUAGGGAGCUACAAACCCAUGGACAGCAGAUACAGUGCGGGUUUCUCGUUCGGACUUCCCAUCAGCUCCUCCUCCUUUGUACCUGUAAGCAACCCUUCGCCUCCUGCUCUUACUUUGACCUCAUCCAGCUUCACUAUUUCCAGUCAGUUACAAAAUGACAGCACAAAAGAGAAAAAGAAGGAAAAACCUGUAGGAAUCCCAGUUUUUACAGGAUUUCAGUCAAAGCUGGACUCUCAGUGGAGAGACGUUCAGUGGACUGAAGAGCAGAAGAAAAGCCUGAUGAAGGCUGUCAGCUCCUACAGACCCAGCUGUAAGGACGUGUAUCAGGCCCGGGUUCUCCUCCUCGGACCGGUUCGUUCUGGAAAGUCCAGUUUCAUCAGUUCAGUCCAGUCUGUGUUUAACGGGAGAGUGACGAACCGUGCCAUGGUGGGCUCCUCCUUCAACACCAGCUUCACUAAAAAGUCCUUCAACAUCCGCGGUCAGAAGGGGGAGGAGAACACUGGGCUGGUGCUGUGUGACAUCAUGGGCCUCGGCGACGGAGAGACGACCGGGUUGACUCUACACGACAUCCUGUCCGUGAUUAAAGGCCACGUCCCUGAAGGGCACAAGUUCAGUCCGGAUCAACCAGUUGGCACAGAAACGGCGGGUUACGUGAAGACGCCCAGCCUCAGGGACAGAAUCCACUGUGUGGCCUUCAUGGUGGACGCCUUGAAAAUCUCAUCCUGCCACAAAGGCUUCGGCUCCACCUUCAAAGAGCUGCGAGAGUUCAUCAGUGAGCUGGGGGUUCACCAGGUGGCUCUGCUGACUCACGUUGACCAAAUUUGUCCAGAAACGGCCAAAGAUGUGAGCAAUGUUUACAAGAGCCUGAGCGUUCGAGAGACGAUGAACAAAGCCGGAGCUCUUCUGGGCAUGUCCACCUCCUACAUCGUUCCAGUGAAGAACUACGCGUCAGAACUGGACCUGGACCUGAACACCGACGUGCUUCUGCUCAGCGCUGUUGACCACAUCCUGCAGUACGUCGACAUGUUUUUUCAGGACUGUGCUCCUCGGCACCCGGGGUCAAAGUUGACAAUCUGAUGCUUGAGCUCUUCAAACAUUAUGUUUUCAUGUAAAUGGGUUUCAUGGUUUUGAAAACUAAUUGUAAAAAAUGUUGACUUGUAAUGUUAAUUUGCUGUUUUUGUUAAGUCGAGUGCUUUUUCUCACUAACUCAAACACAAUAAUUGUCACUGGUUCUAUUGACCAGACUGACUAACUUACCAGCAGGUAAAACAGUUUUGAUAAAAAAAUCAAACCAGCUGCCAGAAAACUUACUGUUUAGCAAUAACUUGAACAGAUUUCUAUUUUGGUAUCAGAAAGUUUCAACCUGGACAAAAGUUCAGUAACUGUAAUAAGCCAUUUCAUUUUGUAUGAAUUGUUACAAUAAGUCUGGAUUUGGUAGGAUAAAAGCAAAUCUGACACGAGGUCUUAAGGGGAAUAAACUUUCAAGCAAGUUGUCUUUUUUUUUUCAAAGCUUUAACGGCUAACUGGGUAGACUUAUUGUUUUGUGUUGUCCAUUAAACAACUUUUAAAAUUGCACAACUGUUUAAAUAAUUUUCUGAAUGAUGAUGUGUGGCAUAUGCCAAAACUUGUUGUGAUCUGAAUUUCCGCUUUGAACCAAACUGAUGAAAAUGGAAAUAAAGAGUACUGAUCUCA